UGCCGAGUGAGCGUACGCUGCGGUGAAGUUCUACAAGAUGCGGCCCUCAGGAACCGGUUGACGUGAGGGAAAUGCUUUCUGACCGCCUGCGCGGUGAGGGGACGUUUUUCACCUUUUAGCUCCUUCUGCACGACAAGAGGGAGACGGAAGCUUGGAGAACGUGGCCAGAGCGUCGGGGAAGUUGGGCGGCGUGGCCGGUGUGUUGCUGGGGGUGCACAUCUGCGGGGGUGUCAGAUCGGCCAUGGAUGGUUUUUGGAGUCCCAACCUGCCAACUCCCCAUCACUGAAGAUCUGGCUGCAUCCCGCACCAGGGGAUGCUCGAAGCCGAGCUCUGGUGUCCUACUGAGCACUAGCACAAAGCCAAGAGUGUUGCUCAGCAGCACCAACCGCGUCUGCCAGGAAUUAAUCUUCAACAUGAACCAGGGACAGCAGAAGGCAAUCACCAGCACCACAGACAGCAAAGGAGAAGUCUGCAAGAUCCCGUAAGGCUGGAAUAGACUGUUGGCAUCUGCUCUCCACGGCAAAACCGGAGGAGAGCGUAGAGGGAAAAGAAAUGAAAGUCAUUGACAGUGAAAAAUGCGUGGCGAAACACAGGAGGUUCUGACACAAGAAGACCCUCCCAGGAGCAAGCCAUGACUUCUGGAGCCAGCAUCUCUGGCCCGGGAUGAACGCUUGCCCAUUGCCGUGCGGCCACUUGGGGUGCAAAACUGGGGUUUGAGAGGGGCUGUUGCCCCCCAGUGUCUUGCUCUGCCUGGAGAUGUCUGUGCAGAGGUCCCUGGACAGGACGCCUCUUCCUCAGUCAGCGCUGGCAAAAGCCAUCUGGGGACAUGCUCCGUCCUCUGGAACUCUUCCUUGUGUGACUCGCAGCUCACGUGUGACAGCGCUGCUCCAAACUUGGCCAUCUCCAAGGACCGGCUUUCUUUGGGAUGUGGGGUUCACUCUCAGAGGAAUCAUGGCAGCCCUGCUUUCUGUGUUGGGGUCUCCCUUUCAGCUAUGGAGCAGCUUCAGUUCGCAGUGCAAAAGGAUCUUGCAAUGGCUGUGUAGAUAGCAGCAGCGUUUCUGAAGCAUCAGAGGAGAUGUCAGAGCCAUGAGGCUGAGGGACGGGACUCCCAGCACAAGAUUGCCCGUGUUUCAAAAGGGAGGCAGCCGUGCCAGCUGGAGAACCUCUCUCACAGCUCCAUCCCCAGCAAAGAGCUGUCUCUAGAGCAGUUUGUGCUGCUUACAGGCAAGAUCAGCCUUUGCAUUUGAACCACCUUCUUGCAGAGGUGACAGGAAACAUCCUCUGGUUUAUGUUGUUCUAGCUGCAAAGGCCAGGACAGUGUUCAUGAGGGAGCAAGCGAUGAGCACAUUUCCUGGUCAGCAGCCGCUGGCUCGUGCCAACGGUCAAGAGAGGCAGAAGAAAUCCCUUCAGAACAGCUCCCUCUCAAAAGACACCCUUCUGCUUGAUGAACCGCAGGGAAAGGCGUCCUAAACCAGGCACUUUGACCUUGUUUUCAGCCCAGGUUCCCAGUGCUGGUGCACUCGUGAGCCAGUCGCUGCACAUCUGCCGCCAAGGGGAAUCGCCUCCGAGGCCAACUGUGCCGUGGGGAAAGGAAAGGGUGAGACGUCGGGAGAGUUUCAUUUAGUGCACAACACGGAUAAAGCCAUUCUCUCUGCAAUUAAAACUGAGGGUAUUUAAUUGAGUGAAAUGAGAUUUCAUUCCCCAUGACCUGUCUGAUUGUACUUUGAAUCUGGGCACGGGCUGCAGUGACCUGCCACAACAUUUGAGGUGUCACCAGCUGCAUUGUAGGUGGUAAAGUGGGAAAGGCAGGAGGGAGCCUCAGCAUCUCCCAUCCCGUGGGUGACUUCAUCACAAAGGACCAGGGCGGCGCCCGCUGGCUCCUGGGGCGGCUGUUGCCAGGCAACAGAGACACUAUAUUGUCCCCUGUCACCUGUGCCCCUCGCCCAUUUGGUCACUGGCCGUGGUGGGAUCACUUGCCGUGGUGGGAUCACUGUGGUGGUGGACUCAUUUUGGCAGUUGGAUCGCUUUCGUGGUGGGAUCGCUAUUGGUGGUUGCAUCACUUUUGGUGGUAGGAUCGCUACUGGUGGUUCAGCCACUUCUGGUGGUUGAACUGCUGUUGGUGGUUUUAUCACUUUCGGAACUUGGAUCUGUUUGGCGACUGGAUCACUUUCAUCACUCGGAUUGCUUUUGGCACUUGGAUCUGUUUGGCGACUGGAUCACUUUCAUCACUCGGAUUGCUUUUGGCACUUGGAUCUGUUUGGUGACUGGAUCACUUUCUGUGGCAAGAAGGAGGAGGAGAAAGGCUGCUGGCUGCCCAUCCCUCCAACAUCAUCUCCGGACAGAAGAGCUCCCGUCUUCCCACAUCCAGUUCAGUGCUUUCGGGCAGAGCAGCAGCGAUGGCCACACGUGGACUGCUGGAGAUGCUGAACGCCGCCAUGGGGACACCCCAUUUGGGGGUUGUCGACUUGGUGGCACUGCACAAAUUGCUUGAGGCCAUCAUCGGGCAGCUGGGCCAGCAGGAGCUGUCUGUCCUGGAGCCAGGGCAGAGCCCGACCCCCGGCCUGGCAAAGGAUCAGGACAGCAAGGCCCAGCCUGGCCAGGAGAAGGAGGAGGAUGGAGCCCUGGGCACAGGGCAGCACCUCUGGAAACCAAAGCAGCAGCUGGAUGAGAAGGACACGCUGGAGGGGACCGGGAGCAACUCCAAGGUCUCCUCCGUGGCCAAGGAGGCCACGCCAAAAACAACGGAAGAGGAGAAGAGAGAUGUCCCCAAGAAAAGGGCUUCGCUCCAGGACCUGUGGGAGGAGAUCAGCAAGUUUAAGGAGGCGCAGUCCAGCCUGGAACAGGACGUGCGGGAGAUGAAGGAGGCCAUGCAGGAGGCGCAUUCUGGCCUGGAACAGGACAUCCAGGAGGUGAAGGAGGCACAUGUCGGCCUGGCAGAGGACAUGCAUGCCCUGCAGGAGGCGCAUUCUGGCCUGGCGGAGGACAUCCAGGAGAUCCAGGAGACGCUUGGCCUGGAGGGUGGUGGGGGCCAGUCUGCCCCCGCUGAGCCCACCCAGGUGGCCAUGGACAGCCAGGCCAGGAGGAGCUCAGCACUGGAGCCAAAGGGACGUGGGACACAGCCUGGGAUGGAGACCAGCAAGGGGACUGCAGGGUCUGGCUCCCCGGGGAUGCAAGCAGGGAUACAGGGGCAACCAGCGACCCCUGUGAAGUUGUCAGGCGCUCCCUCCAUUCACAAGAGGUCUAUUGGUGCCAGCGCCACCACCCCGGGGAUGCAGGCAGGAUCCCCGGGCACCCAGGCCAGCACCUCCCUGGGGACACAACCAGGGGCCCCUGAUGCCCAGGCCAGCACCGCGGGGAUGCAGGCAGGAUCCUCUGGGACCCACACCACCACCCCUGGGGUGCAGCCUGGGUCCUCCAGCUCCAAAGCCACCAUCCCAGGGGAUGCCCAAGAGCCGGCCAAGCCCUGGGGCUCCACCAGCACCUCAAGCUACGAGUCGGAGAUGCGGGAGGUGCUGUCACAGGUUGGGCAGCUCGGCCAGCUCUGCGCUGGUCUGAAGGAACAGGUGGAGCAGCUUAAAUCUACAAAAGCAGAAAGCGCAGAUCUUGAGGACGUGCGCCGGCUCUUCCCAAAGGGAGGCCGGCAGAGCAUCACCAGCAUCCUGGCCGACCUCAGGUGCCAGGUGUCCUUCCUGCAGGACACGGCCAGGGCCCUCCACGGGGAGAAGGAGAAGAUCAGCAAGGUGGAGGAUGCUCCCAGAAAGACGAGGGGGUCUGGAGCCGGCAGAAAAGCAGACGGCAGUGGCCAGAUGACCCAACAGCCGCGGCCCAAGGGACAGAAGGUCAAGGCAGAGCGCAAGGAGCUGGGGAAGCAGCAGGAGCCAACCCAGGCCGAGCUGGAGCAGUUUGCGGCCAAGUACGUGAAUAAGUUGGUGAUGGAGGCAGCACAGCAGCUGCAGGCAGAGCAGGUGGACGAGCCGAGGACGACGGCGCAGAGCGGGGGACACGAGCACGCAGGGUGCCACGUCUGCAGCCCGGACACCAGGGUGCUGCUGGGGAAACUCCUCCAGCGCUGCGAGAAGCUCGAGGAGCAGGUGGAGUCCCUGGUCCAGAAGGCAGGCAGCAAGGUGGAGAGUCAUCCGAAGUGGAGGAGACAGUCCCUGCAGCAGGACGAGCAACUCAAGUGCCUCCAGGCCAGCAUCAUGCAGCUACAAAAGGACUAUGAGAAGUUGAGCUCGGCCCUUGCAAACCUCCAGCAGGAUCGUCAGCAGAAGCAGAAUGACAUCAAGGCUCUGUCCCAGGCCCUGGGGAGGCUGGAGAAGAAGCAAGCAGACAAGGAGGAGAUGCUGGUGCUGGGAAUCGAUGAGAAAGCAGACAAAGCCGCCCUGGCUGACAAAGUCAGUCGCAGCCAGCUUGAGGCGUGCGAGGAGCGGCUGACCAAGAUGAUGGAGGAGGUGACGAGCCAGGUGACGGGCCAGGAGAAGGGCUGGCACCAGUUCCAGCGAGAGCUGCAGAGACAGAUGGACUGCAAGCUGGACCGCCGGGAGCUGGGGGCGUUCCGGCAGCAGCAGGAGGAGCGGUGGAAGAGCCUCAGCGGGCAGCUCCAGGAGAAGGCGCUGCAGGCAGAGCGUGACGAUGCCGCUGGGAUUAGGAAGCAGCUGCUGCCCGGUUUCCAUUGCCUGUCCUGCGACCGGCCCCUCAACAUGCUGGCACCUGGACCGGAGCGGACGGGCGAGUGUAGAUACCCCACUGUUCCGCGGAGCUGUGGGGGCCCACACACCGUCACGCCCCCGCGUUUCCAGCCCAAACCGCCCAGCACCCCACGGCCAUCCAAACCCAGUGCCCGCAGCCCCAACAAGAAGGACGCGAUGCAGCUGUCGGGCCAGGACGGCACUGAUGGGAACCAGCAGGACGAGCAGCUCUCCAUGAUGGGGGGCUCUGAGCUGCCCACAAUGCCAAGGGCCACCCCAGACACCUCGACCUCCAGGAACCGGCCAAGCACCCGCUCCUCGCUGAGAUCAGCCGUGCUGCUGCACCUACCAGUCUCGUCUCCCAGACGCUUCACCCUGGCACCGCAGCUGCUGCCGCCCAUCCCGCCCCCCCGCCGUGAACCAACCCCCUGACAGCCGGGCAGGACGGGGUCCCGGCCCCGGUCCCACCGCCCCGGGCACUGAGCAGGCAGCGGCUGCAAUAAAUGGCGAUGGGAAACCAAGCACCGGUGUGGUCUGAGUGGGGGUCCCUGGGGCAGGAUGGCAGAAAGCCCCGCUGUGUUUGCUUUUUCAGGAGAAAAAUAAGUGCUAAAAAGGCGCUUUGGGGGUGCCCAGGUGGAUCCAGUUGGUAUCCAGGCCCCCCCAGAAGGAGCACGGGGAGCAAACCAGUGGGCACCAGGGCAGAGCCAGCAGAGGCCCAUCCUGCCCCCGGGUGGGGCUGAGGUGUCCAUGGGCUUCAGAAACACCCCUGGGACUAACUGGGGGGACGGGGUGAGGGGGGAACCAGGGGGCUGUGCAAGAAGCCGGGCUGGCUGUCGGCAGCCGGAGGAGGGGAGCGCUUUGCGCUUUGCUCUGGGUCGGGGGAUCCAGAACUGGGGGGACGCAGCAGCUUCGUGCCCCGCCCCGGGGUGCCCACGGCCGCCGUGUCGCAGCGCUUUGCAGUCGCAGGAAAGCACCGGGCAGCUCUAGUUGAUGGACGCUCUGGUCAUGCCCACACCCCCCGGCCGACAGACGGGGCCCUCGUUUAAUGAAACGCCUCGGACCAGAGAAGCUUCUAGAGCACUGACCAUAUACGGGCCCAGCUUGGAUUCCCUUGGGCUUUAAAAGGAGCCUAUGGGAGCUUCUGGCAGUUUGUGUGCGGGGCUGUGGGGCAGAGGGUUGUCCUCAGCCAAUAGGGAACAGAGAACAGGGAAAAUGGUUUACUCACACCUGGGAGUCCUAAAGCAGGGGCUGACAUCAAAGCCUUUUUAAGUUCUUAAAGGUUCGUGUGGCUUCCUUAUUGCAUUGCAGGUGUCUCUGGUCCACAGGGUCCAGGUCACGCACGUCUCCUUGGUUCUAGUAGUGAUUAAAAUGUCAUCCACAUAUUGUAGCAUCUGUCCCUCAUCAGACGGGGCUUCCAGGCCAGGCGGCGACUGUCCCCCCGCUUCAGCCCCCGCGGGCGGCGAGCCCAGAGGAGAGGAGCUGCAGCUCCAGCUCCAGCAGCCGCCGCUUUCCCCCCCGACACCUUUUUCCGCCGCUUUAGCAGCCAGUCAGCUUUUUACUUCUUUUCUUCUGGCCGCAGCUUAUGGGGGGGGAGCUGCCGGGCCUGAACUUCAUGUUCAAACUUCACAGCACAGGCUUGGGCUCCUCUUGCCCUUUUUCUUCAUUUAAUUCCUGUGACUAUAAACUUUAUAUGCAAUUUCAGUUAGCUGAGCAAUACUUACAUCCCUCAGCUCCUACCUUCUGUAAUUUCUUACGGAUGUCAAUAAACAGCAUAUUAAGCGUCAAUCCCUUCCAUUAAUUUUAGAUCCAAAUCAAUGUGUCUGCAGAACAACACUAACUGCAAUACAGCUAACCCAGAAUUUCACAUUCAAAUCACUUCCCCCACUAAUUUACUCGCAUGUGCACAGAUGCAUCUGAAGGGGGAGCAAGGUGGUACUUUAGUAAUGGAACCGGUUCUCAUUUUGUAAUUACCUCCCCAAACAAAUUCUUUUGAUACCAAAUAUAAAUAUAUGACGUAAAUAUUGCUCCUGCUAACGUUUUCGGCGCGGCUUCUUUCCUCAGUGGAUCCGUCCGGCAGUCGGUGGCCCGCGGUUGCUCGGCAACAGCAGGAGCGGAUUGAAGGGACCGGCCGCUGGAGGAUGCCGAAGCCUCCCGGGUCAGCGAUGGGAGCAGCUUUGCGUAAAGCGAGGGGUACGUGAAGCCGGGCGUGCGGUGCCGACCGCCCAGCAGGUAAGGGAAGCUAAAGCUUUACCUCCAGGGACUUCUGCCCAGAAAGCUGAAGCAAUUGCUCUCGCGUGAGCUGUAGAGUUACGCAAAGAGAAGAAGAUUAGUAGCUGCACUGAUUCUAAGCAGGUUUCUUGAAGGGUGCAGGCCCUUGAAGCCGUUUGAAAAGAAUAAAGUGUAUUAACGGCACAAGGGAGGCAGAUGAAACGUGAUGCUCCGGUUGCUGGAAGCUGUGCUGUUGCUAGGAGAGUUGCCGUCACGCGUUGCAACGGGCCUCAGAAGGGAAACGCUGCUCAGGAAACUGGCCAUAAAUUGGCAGGCGCCGCUGUAAAACCAGCCACCGAGAGGACAGAGACCGGUACGGAAGCCGCGUCUCUGAGCCCAGGUGGCCGUGUCCUCCAGCCAACGUCAGGAAACUGUAACAAAGAGGAUAAGCAAUUAAUAGGAGAUUAAUAGCCCGAUCAGAAUUAGGGUCCAAAGGAGCCGUCACCGGCGACGGGAGAGCAGCGGCGCCUCGCGGCGCGAGGAGCUGACGCGCUCUGUCGGGAUCGGACGAACAGGUAAGAGCGAAUUUAGAAGCUCUGUGCGAACGAGGCAAUGGGAAACGUGCCUAGAAAACCAUCUUGAUGGUGCACGCGGGGUACAGACAAGAGCAGCCGGACGAGGGAAACGUACCAGGACAACGCUGGCAAAGGGAGUUCUCCGAGCUGCCUGGAAAAGGGGGGUGUCGAUACCGGCCGGCACGAACGGCUCCCUUCUCGGGUCGGCCGGAAGCGUUGCCGUGCCGGGGGGCGGCUGCCGGCCUGCGGGCCGGGGCUGCGGCUGUUUGGGGCGCUGCCCCCGCUUUGUUUUCCUCGGGGAGCCCCCCCACGUUCGGGGGCUUGUGGGACGUGCACGUGCGAAUGACACGGUGUUCCCAGCUGCUCUGUUCUCUGCCUUGUUUUUUCAGGUGCCUGUCCCUGUUUUCUCUUCCCGCUUUUGAAGAGAAGCUGCCGAGUUAGUGUACGCUGCGGUGAAGUUCUACAAGAUGCAGCCCUCAGGAACCGGUUGCUGUGGGGUUGCUCGUGCGGCCAGCUUUUGGUGUCGGUUGUUCCGGCGCUCCGUCGCGGUGUAGAGCCGGCCCCCGGUGGGUCUGUGACCUCGCGGGAAGCCCAGGCUGCUGCACAGAGCUCGUCGGGAGCGGGAGCCGCGGAGGCGGGGGGCCUCGACGAGCCAGAGCUGCGGCAGACGGAGGGGGCGCGCGCGCUGCCCGGGGGCCGCGUCCGGCGGAGCCGAAGUGACCUGCGGCGGCAACGAGCGGGAGCCGCUCGGAGCUGGAGCGGCCGUUGGCCGCGCCUUCCCUGGGGAGGUGAGCGCGGGGAGCCCGGCCUCUCUCUCCCUCGGGGAUUAAACCCGCGCCCGUCCGCGCCCUUCCCGGGGGCGGCGGCGAGGCGGGUUCCCCCGGCUCUCCCGGGGCGGCCCCGCUGCCGGGGGGCGCGGGCGAGGCGGCGGCAGCGCCUCCUCGGUGCCGGGGGGCGGAGGGGAGAGAGACCUGCCGGCCGGAGCCGCGCGGCCCCUCGGGCAGGGCGCUCCCGGUCUCUGGGCCGCAGGCCGGGGGCGGCAGACGGGUUCAGGUGCUCUGGCCUGCUUUUUAGCCAGCGUGGCCUUCUCCGCGCCGUGAAGAAAAUCCCGCGCGGUCGAUUCCGCUCGCCGCUCGGGAGAUGCCGCGUCUCUGGGGCCGUGGACUGGGGAAGAACGUUUGCGAGUUGGAGGGCGCUACAAGAUAUUCCGCGGGGAAGCCGGAGAAGAGGCAAAUUGGCUGCCAGCGGAGUUGCGUUCCUUCGGUUUAGGACGUUCAGCUUGUCCUUCCAGAGAAGGAGCAGUCGUGGGUAGGGCCGAGAGAGGCUUUUAAGCGCGUGAUCGGAAUUGGAGCCAAAUGGCACUCGACGUUGCCGCCGUGGGUCUUGGCUUUCAGUGGUUUCCCCGCGGCUGCCUGGUGUUGGGGAGCUCGGAGCGGGCGUUUUUUUUCCCCCCAAGGAGAGGCUGUGCUUGAAACAGAACUUGCUUGAAGAAGACAGACGAGGCGGGUGAGGAUGCAGAGCGGGCCAAUCAGAUCGCUCGGGAGGGCUGGAGGGGCGGAGCGCCGAUAGGCGGGGAGAAUGGCAAUUGAUGUGCGUAGGCAGCCAAUGAGGUUGCCGGGGGGGCGGGCGUUGCGGUGUCCGUACUGCGCAUGCCCAACUUGCGCAGUCCUCAGUCAGGUCCGACGCUGAGGCGGGCACCUGGGGGCGGAGCGCGGGAAGGAGCAUCCAAUAGGAGGACGGCGCGGCGGGGUGGAAAGCAGCCAAUCAGAGCGCGCCGUCUCAAUCCCGUUUGAACAGCUGCCUCCCUGGCAAACGCGUCCGUGGGGUCCCGGGGCGGGUAGCGGGAGUUAACGGGGAAACGGGGGUCGGGGCGAGGGAGGGGAGGCUGUGGAGCGCUCAUUUUGGCCUCUCCGUCCCUUUUGCCUCUCUCUCCCUCUCUCUGUGUCUCCUUGUCUUGCUCCCUGUCCCUGUCUUUCUCUGAUAAGCUGACCUGCUCUUUGCCCUUCUUUUUUUGUGGAAUCACAGGAUCCUUCUGCUUGGAAAAGACACGUGCAGUUUUAAAUUUGGGGUUGAAUUCUAGGGUUUUUUUCCCCCAUUAGCGUAAAUGGACGGCACGUUGUCCUGUGGCUCAAUCCCCGUUCUGUUCCGUGGAGCCUUCAGUUUAGGAUGUUCAGGUAAGACAGUUUGUCCUUCCAGAACAGGAGCAGUCACCGGUAGGACCGAGAGAGGCUUUUAAGCGCGUGAUCGGAAUUGAAGCCAAAUGGCACUUGACGUUGCCGCUGUGGGUCUUGGCUUUCACUGGUUUCUCCGCGGCUGCCUGGUGUUUGGGAGCUCACAGCGGGCACGUUUUUUCCCCGAGGGGAGGCUGUGCUUAAAAAAGAACGUGUUUCCUCAGAGAAGUGCAAGUCCGUGUGCGUAAGACAGACAAAAACCCCAGCCAGCCUAGUCAAGUUCUGAGCGUGCGUCUGUCAGGCGGCUGCUUUACGUUGACGAGCGCACAGCCGUGCAAUGGUAAGGGCGAAGGGCAAGGCAAGACAGAAGGGUUUUUCCUGCUGCGGGUGACCAGCCGCCCCCCUUUUCCGCGCGGCCGAAGGUCGCGGGGGGCGGGUCCCGGCAGGGCGGCGAGCCGGCGGGUGAGGAUGCAGAGCGGGCCAAUCAGAUGGCGCGGGAGGGCUGGAGGGCUGGAGGAGCGGAGCGCUGGUUGGCUGCUUAGGCACGUCAGUUACCAUUCUGUCUGCCUAUCAGAUUGCCGGAGGGGCGGGCGUCGAGGGCUGGGUACUGCGCAUGCCCCAAAGCGCGAGAGCUGAUAGGCGGAGAGAUGCUGAUUGGCGUGCCGCCCGCAGCCAAUGAUGUUGCCGAAGGGGCGGGCGUAGUGGUGUCCCUACUGCACAUGCCCCACCCGCGAGCGCUGAUAGGCGGUGAGAGAGGUGAUUGACGUGUCCUGGGGAGCCAACCGGGUUGAGGAAAAGGGGCGGGUGCUGCGGUCUCCCUAGUGCGCAUGCUCAAUCCGCUAGCGCUGAUAGGCGGAGAGGGAGGUGAUUGACGUGUCCCGGGGAGCCAAGCGGGAUGCGGCAAGGGGCGGGUGCUGCGUUCUCCAUACUGCGCAAGCCCCAAUCGCGAGCUCUGAUAGGCGGCGAGUGAGGUGAUUGACGUGUCACGGGGAGCCAACCGGGAUGCGGCAAGGGGCGGGUGCUGCGGUCUCCCUAGUGCGCAUGCCCAAACCGCGAGCGCUGAUAGGUCCGCGGUGUCUCGGUGCCGGGCCGGGGGCGAGACCGGGAGCGAACGGGAACGGGGGUCGGGGCGGCUGCGGAGCGCUCGCUGCGGCCGGCGCCCGGGCAUCGGGAGGCGGGCGGCUCAGGGCCGCCCUUCGUGAGGUUUCCCGGAGGCGGCAGAAGGGCGGAGGGGAAGGAGGCGACAGCCGGGGACCUCCCGCCGCGGGCGUCUCCGGGGUGCGGCGGCUGUCGGUGCCCGCGGAGCCCGGCGGGACGGCGGGGGAGCGCGAGGGGAACGGAGCGGCGAAAGAGGCGGCAGGUGAGUGCGGCAGCGGCGAGGGUGACCGUGCCGUUGGAACGGGGGGAGCGGGAGGGGCCGGCGCGGCGCGGCGCGGAGCUGCUGGGAGGCGUGCGGUCCGGAGCCGCGUCUCCCUCCGGCGCAGCGCCCGUGCCCGGUGCGGCAGCCCCUCCGGGAGCGGCGCAGCCCCCUCGGUCGCGGGGACGGUUACAAGCAGAGCUAAGGCGCGGUUGCGGGCGGGCUGGGCGGCGUGGCGAGCGGGGCGCCGCUUCGGCGGGAGCUCGGGGCGAGCCCCGGCGGGUUCCGUGUCCUGCGGGCGCGGCUUUCGCGCCGCGGCUCUUUCUGUGCGCUUUUUGGUUUGGUCGCGUUUGUUUUUUGGGGGUUUUUUGGCGGGAUUCCCGCGAAACGCGGCACGAGCGCUCGCCCGGGGCUGCCGCGGCGGGUCUCAGUGGCGCCGUCCUGUGGGCAAAGCGCGGUGCUGCACCCGGCCGCCCCAACGCGGUGCCGCGGCGCGCCUCGGUGCUGCCGCCCUGUGGCGAAACUCGAGUACUGCAGCGCCCGGCAAGGGGGGGGGCAGAGACGCCGAUCGAGCCGCGGGGGUUCGCGGUCGGGUCUGUGCGUGCCGGUGUCCGUCCCCCCGACGGGGGUCAGGUCCCCAUUUGUGUGAAAACGACAUCCCUCCCUCGGUGCCUCCUUAACGAUGUAAAUAUUGCUCCUGCUAACGUUGUCGGCGCGGCUUCUUUCCUCAGUGGAUCCGUCCGGCAGUCGGUGGCCCGCGGUUGCUCGGCAACAGCAGAAGCGGAUUGAAGGGACCGGCCGCUGGAGGAUGCCGAAGCCUCCCGGGUCAGCGAUGGGAGCAGCUUUGCGUAAAGCGAGGGGUACGUGAAGCCGGGCGUGCGGUGCCGACCGCCCAGCAGGUAAGGGAAGCUAAAGCUUUACCUCCAGGGACUUCUGCCCAGAAAGCUGAAGCAAUUGCUCUCGCGUGAGCUGUAGAGUUACGCAAAGAGAAGAAGAUUAGUAGCUGCACUGAUUCUAAGCAGGUUUCUUGAAGGGUGCGGGCCCUUGAAGCCGUUUGAAAAGAAUAAAGUGUAUUAACGGCACAAGGGAGGCAGAUGAAAUGUGAUGCUCCGGUUGCUGGAAGCUGUGCUGUUGCUAGAAGAGUUGCCGUCACGCGUUGCAACGGGCCUCAGAAGGGAAACGCUGCCCGUUGGGGGGUAUUUUAGCUCGCGGGAAAGGGAUUGGGGAACCACCUGGUGGUAAUGCGAGGAGAGCAGCCCUGGCGGAAUCUGAGGAGCAGAGGCCGUUGUAUAAAUUGGACAAGGAAGGAAAGGCUGCGGGCAAAGCGCGGUGCUGCACCCGGCCGCCCCAACGCGGAACUCUAAUGUGGAAUUCCUGUGUUUCAGAGGGGGAGCUGUGACCGCCCCGUGCUCAGCAGACCCCCCAGCCCGGGUGGGGGGAGCAGCGCCGGAGCGGGAGACGCGGCUCCGUCCUCCGUCCCCAGCGUGCCGGGGGGCGGCUGCCGGCCUGUGGGACGUGGCUGCGGAUGUUCGGGGCGCUGCCCCCCCAUUUUUGGGCGCUCUGGUAUGUACAUAGGUAAGUGGCGUUUUAAAGUAACGUGCUGCCCGCUGGGGCUGUUUUCCUUUUCUACCUUUUUUUUUUUUGAGUGAAUAAAUGGGGGGACUCGGGGGGUGACGAUGACGUUACUGGAGGAGCAGGCCAGUGAGAGAUGGGGCUUUCAGCCCCAAAAUGCCUGAACAAUCAUGGGUGGGGUGUUUAGUGGUACUGUGGGGAGGAGAAAUGUCUCCCUGUCCGUUGCAGAGAAAACAGAACAAUCCCACAUCAAAGCUGUCCUAGAGAAGUACUUGCUGUUUGUCAUUCCGGUUCUAGAGCAGCCCGAUGUGCUGUUAAAGGUUGUGGUGGUGCGGGUCAGGGAUCCCCAGGCUGUGCCGAGACCGCAGGACGGCUGCUGGUGGAACAAAGUCCGGGACAGCUUCUCAGACCUGUCCUGGUGUUUUCCAUCCUUCAGGACUUCCUUAUUACUGUUGUGAGAGUCCGAGAGAAAAGGAGGAGUGUCUGUGACUUACAACUGUCGUUGUUGAUCUACAGUGUUUUAGAGACGGAUUCUUGCAGGAUCUAUUUCUGGUUCGUCCUUCACUCCUCCCCAGACCGCAGCGCUGGUCCGAGUUCCCCAGCACACGUGUGUGUGUCCAGCCGGGUACGCUGGGGGAGCGCGCCAGGGCGGGCAGACGGCUGAAUGGACGCGCUGUCAGCGACUGCGGAACGAGCUGGGGCUGCUUUGACCGUGUCCAGCCUUCUUUCUCUCCCCUCCACCCCUACCCUGCUGCGUUCAGUGCAGUGAAUGACCGUGAGGAGAUGGCUGUGGGUCUGGCUGUUGAAGGGUGUGUGAAGGAGAAGGAGGUGUGUGUAGAGCAGGAUUGGUGGUGGAGAUCUCCCAAUCACAGAGACAGCGUCGCUGUGCAGCUGCUAAGGACAGCGCGUCUCGUGCAGAACAGCAUCCUUUGUGCUCCGUGUGCGUGUUCCUCCUUUGAAAUGAAGUUGGGCCGCCCGGUGUUCCACGUUACGUGUGGUACCUGCUGGGCUGAGUCUCCUCCCCGCGCUCCGGUCGGUUCCGUCGCGCUGCCGCAGCCCCGGCAGCACCGCGGCGUUCGCUGGACGCGUUGUUGGCGGAGCCGGCACCGACAAUCUUGACACGUCGAGGCGCUGCGGUGGGUUUGCCUGGAAAUUCCAAGGUCCUGGUGUUCUAUUAUUUGAACUACUUACUUACUGUAAGACGUUUAGAAUUAAAACUUAAAUAAGAGCAACCAGAAGAGUCUUUGGGAGUGAAUAAUGCCUGUCAUCUACUCUAGCUGUUACUCAAAACUCUGCAGACAGUAAUUAUCCCCAAUUUAUGUAGUAAAAUUUAAAAGAGUGGAAUAUAAAUACUGGAGUGCUAAUUGGAAGUAAUACCUGUAGAGAAAAAAACCUCUAGUUUAUAUCUACAAUAAAAAAUAAUGUGUGCUAGUAAAUCCGCCUGGUAGUAAUGUAAUGAUAAAAAUGUUAAAGUGUAAAUAGAUGAAAUUAUAUAGGCAUGAACAAGAAGUAAAUUUAAUUUCAGCUAUUACUUGGUGAACUAGGCAGCAGUUGUUCCCAAUCUGAAUGCUAGUUUAAAAAACACAUUGUUUGGAAUUCCUUUUAAAUGAUAAAGGCAGAAAACUAAUGUGGAGUCAUUGGUAGCUUCAUUUGAACAACCGUUAUGAAAUAAACCGCAGACACGAAUGACUGCAUAGGAAACAAAGUGAGGAAGCUUUAGAUUUUAAACAGCAUUGGAAAGUGAUCGGGAGUGUUUAGUAUUUAAAUUAUAACAGAGCCACGAGAUGGGAGGCAACAAAGCUCAGAACCAAACAGAGUCAAAACGUUACAUUUCUUUUUUUAAAGAGAAGUAUAAAGGAACCACGAAGUAGUGGCUGUUUAUAAACAGAGGUAUUAAAAGGUUCCCAGGUAGUAAUGAUUCCCAACAGAACACUAAAAGAUAUUUAGAUGUAAAAUAAUAUUAGAAAACAGUUAUGACAGUCUGAAUUUAACCACAGCUUUUUUGGGGUUGUGCAAAAACAUGACCGCUAUUAAUUACCUCUGAGUUAAAAUAAAAAGACAUCAAACUA